AUGAACACGUCGACGACAACGGCAUUUGGAUUGUUAAUAAUCCUGCCUCUGGUCCUGAUGCAGCAGGACACUCAAACAGCCAACUGGUCGGCUCAAAUCGAGCUGGAGCUUCAGGAACAGCCAGACAAGCUGGCCUAUUGCCGGGCCCUCCAGCAGCGGAUCCUUCGGAUAGUGCUCGAAAACACUAGUUGUGCCUCUAUUCUGAACAACCAGCUCGGCGUGACAGGUGAAAUGCUACUCGAGACUCAAAAGCGUUGCUGGUCCGGAUGGGUGCUGACUGGAAGGCGGUGCCGUAAGAUAGCCUGAGUGUGGAGGCUUUAAAGUAUAACCAAA